GUUGGUAUAGACCAAGGGUGAUACAAAAUCUGAGCAUUAUGAACAAUGGCAAGAAUCACCAACAGAAUAAUGGUGGAAUUCCCAAUGGUAACGGAAUGAUCAAUGGAAGACUCGCUCGUGAUCUUGAAAGGGAUCGACGCACAAUGCUAUUUACAUUCUCAAUGGGACACCCAAUCCCUGAGAAAGACCUUGAAACCGUCUUGAAUGAAUUCCUUGGCAGUGUCGCUGUAGAGACGAUUAUGAUGCAGGAUGUUCCUCGUGGGGAACAACCAAUGUAUGCAUAUAUCGUAUUUCGUUCAGUGAAUUGCAUAGACACCAUAUUCCAAGGAAAUGAACUAGUAAUGUUUCUCAUCAAUGGGAACCAUGUUUGGUCAAGGAGAUACUUGAGUUGAGGACUCCAUAGUAGAGGGAUUCUGGAUUGAUCAAUGGUUAUAGUCAUUGCGGUUUAAUUGCUGUAAUUUUUUGAUUUCUGUCAUGAAUUAUCUCUCUGCUUGAAUAAUGAA